AUGGCGGUCGCGGAGAUUGGAAGAACGAUCGUGAUGGUGGCGGUCGUGGAAAAUGGGAAGGAAGAAGUGGAGGAGGAGGAGGAUGGAAGAAUGAUGAUAGUCGAGAGAGUCGUGGAGGUAACUAUGGAUCCUCUCGAAGCACGUGGCAGUGA